GUGGGCGGGCGGCGGCGGCUGCGCGCGGAGGCGUCGGAGGAGGUGCCGGGCGGCAGUUUCCCGCCCCCGGGCUGCCGCUUCCCGCCCCCGAGCCGGAUCCGGUGCCGAGCGGAGCGGAGCCGGCCCAGCGGGCCCCGAGCUCCCGCCAUGGCCCGGAACACGCUGUCCUCGCGCUUCCGCCGGGUGGACAUCGACGAGUUUGACGAGAACAAAUUCGUGGACGAGCAGGAGGAGGCGGCGGCGGCGGCGGCAGAGCCAGGCCCGGACCCUAGCGAGGUGGAUGGGCUCCUGCGGCAAGGGGACAUGCUCCGGGCAUUUCAUGCAGCCUUGAGGAACUCUCCUGUCAACACCAAGAAUCAAGCUGUGAAGGAACGAGCCCAGGGCGUGGUCCUGAAAGUGCUCACAAACUUUAAGAGCAGUGAAAUUGAACAGGCUGUGCAGUCGCUGGACAGAAACGGCAUUGAUUUAUUAAUGAAGUACAUUUAUAAAGGGUUUGAGAAGCCCACAGAAAAUAGCAGCGCAGUGUUACUCCAGUGGCAUGAAAAGGCCUUAGCAGUAGGAGGACUAGGCUCCAUUAUAAGAGUUCUUACAGCAAGAAAGACUGUUUAAAAAAAAAAAAAAAGACUCAUGUUACCUUGAGAAGAAUUUUGGAUGCCCAGGCUGGUGAAGAAGGAAUUGACAAUGGACCAUCUUCCUAGGAAGUCCCUAUUAAACUAUUUCAGGACAUGAAUCCUCUGACAUGUAUUUUAUUUUCAAGGUGGAGGGAGAAAUCGUCUUACUGUUUUCUAAAUCCUUUGCAGGAUCUGAUAGUCUAUGCCUUUGUGUACGAGUAAUGCAGAACUGACAAUUUUGACUGUCUACCAGAGUGGCUGGCCAGUGCUGGUCAGAUGUACCUGUGUGUACUGCCUGUUUAAAAUGGGGGCGGGAUGACUGGGGCAGGUGCAGAUCUGAGGGCUGUGGUAAAAGAGAGAGCUUGUUUUCUGAAGUGGAAAAAACCUGAGAGUUUGUACAGACAUCCUGUCUUCCCAGCGAAGGCGGACUCUCUUGGGUUCAUUGUAAAGUGCCUGCUGCAUCAAUAAAGCUCUUGGCUUAUUAGUAUAUACAUUGCGGUGUGUUUCAUGUAUGUAAAAAAAUGAUAAUGAAUGGGAUGGUAACGAAUGAGAGUUCAACUGUUCUGGAAAUUCCAUGUCGAGAGGGAGUAGGUGUGUGUCCCUCUUAGCUGUCCCUGGGGAGCGAGCCUGGCAAUCUACAGGUCCUCUUGUCACAGCAGUGUGCUAAAUAAGCCUCAGCUACAGUGCUACUGGCUAUAUGGAGAGGCGUUUUGCUAAAUAACUAUUUAUUGUUUCUUACUCCUUUGAUUGUAUGUAAUUUUGGAGCUUAUUUAAUUUAAUAAAGUGCCAAGCAUUUAAUAAUUGA